AUGGCGGCGACUCCCUCCCACGGCCGCUUCAAGUUCACUCCCUCCAACUCUCCCUUCUUAGCUCGCCCAACUCGGUCCUCCAGGUCACCCAUGCGCGGUCGCACCACCUUGAAUGACUCCUCCAAGCUCUCCUUGAAGCGUGUUAUCGGCACUACUUGCUCCUCGCCCACGGGCUUCGACACACUCUCCUCCUCGUUCGCUUAUAUCGCCGGCGGCGCUGUUGUUGUGGUGGAUAUUAAUGGCGAGAAUCACACCCAACGCUUUUACCGAGCUCGACCAACUGCUGUACCCUUGUACUCAGUAGCAACAUUUCAGAAUACACCUUCAACACCGACAGGAACUCCCAAAGCCAACGACAGCCGUGGCCGUGUUGCACCGAACUUUCGAAACUCGCCUCAUACCUCCACUGACUGGAACGAAUCCCCCGGAAGCAACACAUGGACCAGUCGUGAACGAAUCAAAGCUGCUACAUGUCUCGCGCUGAGCCGAGAUGGUAAAUAUUUGGCUGUUGGCGAGACUGGAUACGCUCCUCGUGUCCUGAUUUUUAGCCUACACGAUACUUCAUCGGAUACCCCCCUCAUCUCUAUUAGUGAGCAUGCUUUUGGCGUCACAGCCGUAGCAUGGUCCUCAGACACUCAGUACUUGGCAUCCCUUGGUGCCGCCAACGAUGGAUUUAUCUAUGUUUGGAAGGUCGACCCUCGCACGGGUGCGGCCAGGCUCUUCAAACAGAACAGGUGCACAUCCUAUGUCAAAGACAUGGUCUGGAUGGGCAACUAUCUCAUUACGCUUGGAGUCCGCCACGUGAAGAUGUGGAAGCCUGAUGAUGGGCCAGCCAUUUCUCCUACGAAGCAAAAAUUCUUGAACGACCAGCCACCGGCGUCGACUCCUCCCUCCCAGAGAACCCUACCAGGGCGUAAUAUCUUGCUGGGGUCUCUCCUGGAAACUACCUUUACUUGCGCUGCUGUUGUCAAAGACUCCGGCCUUAUCCUUUGCUCUGAAACGGGCGAUGUGUGCAUUCUGGACGACGACGACAGGCAGAUGAGGUUGCAAAAAGUCCUUGGUCUGGACUUUUCUAUCGCCUCGAUUGCCAUCCGAGGCAAUCUUGCUUACAUCGGAGGCAAAAACGGCCAUUUUGCCGUGCUGGAUGCUCAGGCUGUCUUGGACGGCAAGCCCGCAUCAGCAUGUAUCCGCGAGACGACAACGCCUUCCACAGGGCACGUCGCGCUGGGAUUUCUGGCGGACAAGCUCGUGACUAUCGAUUCACGGCAUUGUAUCGACAUCUGGAACUAUGAUCAUGUUCCAGGCAAGGAUGCCCAAGCUGUAGCCAGCGUCCCUAUUCCUGGCCAUGGACAACCAGUUACGGGCAUUCAGAUGCUACAGAAGCCGAAUUAUCUGGACGCAUCGUUCCUGACUUGGACAGUCACAGGGAAUGUUACUUUCUGGACACUGGAAGGCCAAGUCAAGGCCUGUGUUGACGUCCCGAUUGAGAUCACCGAGUCGGAAAAUGACUUGGUGGGACCCAUCAACCAACUAACGUGCGCUCGCACAACGAGUGAUGGCAAGCUGCUCGUCUCAGCAGACCGACUUGGUGUCUUGCGCGUCACCGACAUUGCGACAAAGGACUCCAUACUCGACAUUAAGGCUCACACGGCCGACUGCCGUUGCGUGAGCGUUUACGACACCGGCUCAAAGUUCCUCAUGGCUUCUUGCGGUAGGGACCGCACGACGCAACUUUUCCACCGGACAGUGGAUGGCUCUAUCGAGCACUUCCAAACACUGGAAUUUGCUGCCAAGGUCGUCCAAGUCCUCAUCCCGUCUGAUGACAAGGUGUUGACUUGCUCCUUUGACCGGACGUUGCAAAUAUACGACAUUAUUACAAAAGAAGGCGAUCCAGAUGCUAUCGCCGCCAUUCCUUCUAGGGUUAUUUCACUAAGAGCUUCUCCCAGUUCCAUGGUCCUGGGCCCCGGCCAAAGGACUGUGUUUGUUUCGCUUUUGGAUCGAUCCAUUUGCCAAUACGACCUCAACACGGGUCGCAAGAUUUCUUGUUUCAAGUGCACAGACGAGGGCAGGGGGGAAUCUGCUGUUCUCGACUCGCUCUCCUUUGGCCAAUGGCCACCCAAAGACCAGGAUUUUCUAUUAGGGACAUCCAACACGGACAAGUCCAUCAGGUUAUACGACGCCCAAACGGGCAGUUUCUUGGACCGCGAAUGGGGACACACGGAAGCAAUCAACGGAGUUUGCUUGGUUGAGGAUGAAGAUGGAAGCCGCAAGGUAGUGAGUGUUGGCUCGGACGGGACCAUGAUGAUUUGGUUGUUGGAUCUGAACGAUCCAGUCCCCGGUUCGACGAGUAGGGAUCCAUCGCCGGCUAAGGAUAUUGUUUCUGGACGGCCGCCACUUCGGAGAGUAUUGUCAAAAGCUGAACUGGCCGAGUUUCAGCGCCCUUCGACAGCAUCAGGUCGAAGAUCACCACCACGGACGCUCCAGCGACGGACUUCUCGAUUCAAUCUGGCUGCGAGUGUGACAAGGACGCCGACAAACACCUUCCCAACGAGUCCUGGAAGCACAGCUGUGGAAGAUACGCCCUCACGACGACCUUCAGGAGACAGCCGGGUCAGCCCUCCAGUUAGUCCCAGAGCAAAGGUCACUCGGCGGCCAUCACUCCCGGCGUUGGGGACAACUGCUCGCAAGAAGACAUCAUCCUCCAAUCUACGGUCUGGUUUUGGAUCAUUGAAUAUGGCGACAGAACAGACCUGUCGUCAGUUGCGAACAUACCGCAAGAAACUUGCUUCCUCGGAACCCAUCAGUCAAGACAACCUGACCGAACUGGAUCAGGAGCUGCGAUUGACAGCGGCUGCGCUUGGUGAUCGGGCCAUUCGGAGCAAGGCGAUGAACGAGACGGUCUUGAGUGGCUUACUCGACCAAUACUCGGAGAGGCUGGUGACAUUAUUAGAUGAAAAGCUGCGCCUUAACUAUCUGCCCAGGGACCUAACAGAAAGGAACCUAACAGAGAGGGACGGAGAAAGUCCUGAUUCUGAAGGCCAGCCAAGCGCAGAUGGGGAUUCAAGUUCCCUCUCGCCAUAG